AUGUCCCUCAAUGGCGACUCUUCCUUAAGGAGAGAGUUGCUGCAGCUGCCGCACUGCAGCAGCGACUCAGCAGCAGCAGCAGCAGGAGCAGCAGCAGCACCACCACGAACAGCAACAAGUGCAGCAGCAGCACCAGCAGCAGCAACAGCAGCAGCAGCAGCACCUCCUGCCCCUCUAUACUUUGAUUUAUCUCCUGCAGAGAAUUGUUCGUCGCGUUGGCUGGCAGCAGACAUGGGCCCUUCCUCCCCUGCUGCAGCAGCAGCAGCAGCAACAGCAGCAGCAGCAGCAACAGCAGCAGCAGCAGAUGGUGACUUUACAACUGACGAAGCAGCACAAGCAUGGCCAGAUCUCUCUCCUAACCCACGGUCUGCUGCUGCUGCUGCUGCUGCUGCUGCCCCACACCUUAUACCAGCAGCAGCAGAAGCAGCAGAAGCAGCACUUCCUGCUGCUGCUGCUGCUGCUGCACCUGACGCUUCUUCCUUAAAGCGACUGCCAUUUGGAGAAGCAGCAGAUGAGCAGCAAAUAGCAGCAGCAGCAGCAACAACAGCAGCAGCAGCAGAAGAUGCAGCAGCAGCAGCAGAUGGAGUCAUCUCCUCUAAUCAUGCAGCAGCAACAACAGCAGAAGCAUUAGAUGCAGCAACAGCAGCAGCAACAGCAGCAGCAGCAACAGCAGCAGAACUCACAGCUGCUCGUCUUGCUGCAGCAACACAUCCUAACGAGGCAUAUGGUAGCUUGGCCCCACAGCAGCAGCAGCAGCAGCAGCAGCAGCAGGCUUCGUCUGCUGCAGCAGCAACAAAUGGUGAGGCCCCCUUUGCUGCACCAUCUGCUGCUGCUGCUGCUGCUGCUCCUGCUGCAGCUGAAGCAGGGGAUAAGGAUAAAGCAGCAGCAGCAGCAGCAGCAGCAGCAGGAACUGACGAGAGCUUACGUCAGUCACCUGCUGCUGCAGUAACUGGUGUUGCUGCAGCAGCAGCAACUGCAGCAGCAGCAGCAGCAGGGGAGCUUGCUGCUCCUGCAACUCGUGUGUCUAUUGUAGAACAAUUUGCUGCUGCUGCAGUUGUCUAUACACCUGAAGCUGCUGCAGCAACAUAUGGCUCUGAUGCCGAAGCAGCAGCAGCAGCAGCAGCAGCAGCACCGGUCGGCUCGCUGCAGCAGCAGCAGCAGCAAAGCAAACUGCCGCAGCUACCACUUCAGCAGCAGCAGCAGCAGCAGCAGCAGAGCGUAUCUUUGCAAGACAAAGACAAUGAGAUAGCAAGAUUACAUCGUGUAUUAAGUGUGCAGCAAUCGCAGUUGCAAUCAUUAAGGGAACUUGCGGUGCUGCUCGUGACUUUGACGUGGAGAGGAAGACGCAUGCAGUAG